UUCUCCUAAAAUAGUCUCGGCAAAAGUUAUUUGGAAGUUUAUUCUGUAAAGCGCGAUUUAGAAUAUUGUACUGUAGAAAAAAGAGCGAUAUAGCAUACUUGGUAUAAUAUAUCAUAUUACAUCAAUUCUUAUGCGGUUCAAGCUGUCCGUUACUUGAAUAUAAAAGAAUCUAAGAUAAAAGUCGAAUGGGAUGCUCACUAAGCAUCAAAAUAGACGAUUGGGUUGGAUAAAUUUGUGACAAAAUUUACAUUUGGCGCAUAAAGAAUUCUCCGAGAAUAAUUACCCAUUCGGAAACCCAGAUUCAGUCAGACCCCACAUUUUAGUCGGAUUGCCACCCACAUACUGAUUAGUAUCUUCGCGUUUUUGGUUGCGUAUGAGAUAUUCGAUGACGUAUUUUUCAUUUAUCACGGUUUUCUUUUACAAAGAAAAGCAUGUAUUUUUUAAUUUCCAUACUCGGAGAUCCAAAUAAAUUAUAAUUAAUUCCAUUUAAAAAUUCCAACAACCUUGGUCCUUGAGGAUGUCAUAUUGUUCUUAUACAUAAAUCGGAUUAUGACCGGCCUUAUAAGACCUUAUUGAUAAAUCGAUCCAUAUUGAUAUUUUAGUACAAUAUUUUAGAUUAGGUAGCUUGCAAUAUAAGGUCGGCAUAAGAGUUGGUUGUAACUUUGUAUAGUAGGGAUUUUUACAGCACCUUCAUGUAUGUACAUUUUUGGUUGAAAUUCAUAUUUAGUCAUUCCAUGCUGUAUGACAGCUAUGGGGUUUACAGGGGCCACAAAUGACCCAUCCGUAAUCUCUCGUGUCAAAAGAUCUGUAGAUAGAAUUCAGACUUUCAUCAGUUAUUUCACAUCGAUCAAAAUUGCACCUGAAUCUAUUUGCUUAUUAUGACAUUGAUUUUUAAAAAGCACCUAUGGGAAUCUUAGUAGAUAGAAAUCUAUACAUACUUUAAUGAACACAGGGGUGGAAUAGUUAAUGUUUGUUUUUACCGAACAAACCACAACUCGCUAAUGUAACCUGAGAGGCAGUCAGGCGGUUCUGACAUGGUAGUGCUAAUGGAGGAAGGCGGUCCGAACAUUACUCCUAGCGAGCGUAAUUGGAUUUGGUGUCUGGAUUUCCGCGAUUUUUGUAAGCCGUAUUAGGCAGUCACUAUAAUGGAAUUGUUUAUUUUGUAAUUAACAGGCGAUAGCUAACAUAACAUAAAAUAAUAAAGUAUUAUAAUGGCCACUACGUUACAAGUGUUUGUGGCCUUUGUCGUCGUUGUUUUAGUAACCUGUUUCUUGGAUAAUGCCGUUUCCAGUUCAACUGUGUGCCCGCCGAGAUGCCGGUGCGAUUCAUCAAGAAAAACAGUCUAUUGUAUGAAUAAGAAAUUAUCAAAACUUCCCCUCGGAAUACCGUCAGACACAAAGAGACUUUUGCUGCAAAAUAAUCAGUUAUUAAACGAUCCAGAUUUGGAUAAUAUUUUGAGUUCUCUGUCGUCGCUAGAAAAGUUGGAAUUGUCAAACAACAGCUUGACGUCAUUCCCCAGAAAUCUACCAAGGUCGUUGACAUGGAUAUCAAUGAAAGACAACGAUAUCAAGUACAUUGGAAGUCAAUCAUUAGAAGGUUUAAACAUGUUGAAAAUUCUGUAUUUGGAUAAUAAUUCAAUAACAAACCAAGGCUUAUCUCCGUCCGCUUUUACUGGAGCAAGUAAUUUGCAUACGAUAAGUUUAAAAUGGAACAGGCUAACAUCCGUUCCGCAGGGACUUCCGGCUGGAAUUCGCUAUGCACAUUUUGGACAUAACCUAAUUAACACUGUGCCGAAAAAUGCAGUUCAACAUCUCGGCCGCGUUAUGAGCUUAGAUUUGAAUAAUAAUUUGCUUAAUUCAACAUCAUUUGAAAAUGACGCUCUGAGUUCUCUCAUUGAGUUGCAAUAUCUUGACUUGAGCCACAACCGUUUAACUUUCUUACCAGCGGGGUUGCCAGGAAAUUUGACCCAGUUGUUUGCUUCGCAUAACCUUGUGAAGUCAAUUAAUGCUCCACCACUCGGUCAGGAAAGAUCUAUGUCGUUAGCUAGUUUAACAUUUUUGGAACAUCUAGACUUAUCAUUCAACCGACUACAGAGCGUCGAACCGGGUUCGUUUUCAAGCUUAAUUUCUCUGAAAACUGUAAUUUUGCACGACAAUCCAUGGCAGUGUGAUUGCCACCUCAAGUAUCUUAAAACUUGGCUAACGGAGACCCCAGCUCUCAUGACAAUGGAUAGCAACACAAUAUGCUUCACACCAAACGCCUUCCAAGGGGUCACAUUGCGGAGUUUAGACCAUGAGAGUUUGACAUGCUCAUCAAAGCAAGUGCCGAAAUACAAUAUAUCCAUCUCUCCGAAAGCUUUCACGCUCUCGUGGUUGAUAUCAGACACCAGUAAUCCCGACUAUGUCGAAUACAACGCGUUUUGUGGAGAACCGAAAUGUGAAAAUUGUUCACAGCAGGAAAUUAUUGACAUCGCCGAACGGCAGGAAUACACUUACGUAUCGUCCAUUGUCAAAUCUUACGAUCUAUUCCCAACAGAUUACAAGGACAUUGACAGAGGAAUAGCUAGAGUCGAUAUCACAAACAGAAAACCCGGGCGCCUCUACAUAAUAUGCCUUCUUGGGUCAUACAAAGACAUUUCAGAAUUGACGAUAAGCGAUUGUGAUUUCGUCAAAACCACGGAAGAGAAAUCAACCACCGCACCCCCUAUUCAAGAGAACGAGGUUUUCAUUCCAAUUUGGCUUGCUGUUUUGAUAGCAAUUCUCGCCAUUUUGAUUACAGCAGCCAUUGUAUUGGUGAUAUAUUGUCAGAGAUUAAACGCAAAAAAGUACAAAUGGAAACAUGGUCGCAGAGAAACAGCACAAAUGACCUAUGAUCCGUUCCGGCAAAUUUACGCUAUGCCUCGUUCCGAUUCGCGAAACGAUAGGAUGUACGACUCAGCGAUUGUUGGAGGCGUGAAUAUAUCAAACUUCCGCGAAGGCUACCUGUCAUCAACACAAGAUGCGGGAAAAGAGUUUGACGUGACUUUGAUGGUAAACGCGAGCUCGAACCACAAUUUGUUACAUAUACCUUCACCGGAAACGUGUGAAAGUUAUUGUAGCGACUGUCAUGACGACACCAUAUCAACAACUCAUACGAGAACAAAUACGACAAACGGCUCUUUGCGAAGUCACGACGAACAAGCAGCGCCGUCAAAUCACCACCACCACGCAAGGCAUCACCAACCACCUCGAUAUGAAAGACAAACACCGACUUCAAACGGUUACGAAUCCGUGAGGACAUACGAAGCAGUAUGAACAUCAUGAAGCAAUAUGAACAGUAUGUUAUUCGUUCGGCGAAAUUGAAGCAUCUGUGAAGAUAACGCAAUUGCGACAAAGUCGCCAAACGUUGCG